GCACGAGCCCCACCACACUCUCACUCACGACACUCCACACUCCCAGCAAGCUAGCGAGCUCACUCUCACUCCCCUGCUCCGCGUGAGCGACGCCCCCAGUGCCUGCGACCGAGGCGGGGGUGGCCAGGCGACCGACCAACCAUGGCAGCAACAGCAGCAGCAGCAGCAAUGCGCGCCGUCGCCGUCUCCGCAGCCGCGCUGCUCGUCGUGGCGUCGUCCUUGGCCGGCGUCGCGUCGGCGGCGACGCUGGCGCUGUACAACCGGUGCGGGGAGACGGUGUGGCCAGGCAUCCAGCCAAGCGCAGGGAAGGAGAUCCUAGCGCGCGGCGGUCUGCAGCUCUCCCCGGGCCACUCCACAUCGAUCCGUCUCCCCGCGGGUUGGUCGGGGCGCGUGUGGGGCCGUCAGGGCUGCGCCUUCGACGCCUCAGGCCACGGCCGCUGCGCCACGGGCGACUGCGGCGGCGCGUUCUUCUGCAACGGCGCCGGCGGCGCUCCGCCCGCCACGCUGGCGGAGAUCACCCUGGGCGCCACGGCCUCGGCGCAGGACUUCUACGACGUGAGCCUGGUGGACGGGUACAACAUCCCCAUCGCGAUGACGCCCGUGCACGGCUCCGGCGCGCACUGCGUCCCCGCCGGCUGCGUCAGCGACCUCAACCGCGUGUGCCCCGCGGGGCUUGCCGUCCGUGGCGCCGGCGAAGGCGGGAGAGGCCGCGUCGUCGGUUGCCGCAGCGCCUGCGCCGCGUAUGGUGCCCCGCAGUACUGCUGCACGGGGCAGUUUGGGAGCCCCCAGCAGUGCAAGCCCACGGCGUACUCGAGGCUGUUCAAGUCGGCGUGCCCCAAGGCCUACUCGUAUGCCUACGAUGAUCCGACCUCCAUCCUCACCUGCUCCGCCGGCGCAUCCUACGUCGUCACCUUCUGCCCGCACCACCGCUGAUGAGCUGCUGGUGGAUCCAAUCCCAUUCCAAUAAUCCGUAGAAGAUAGUAUAGGGUAACAUCAAUGGCGGUGUUGGGUUUUGCGAGGUCGAUGAGUUUAGCUGUGGCCUGACUGAAGGCUGCUGUUCUUGGUUUCGUUUUUAUUCUCUUUUUUUUUUCCCAGCUGGUUGGUAUCGUUUCGUCGGAUCUUGUAGUAUCGUAUCGUGUCGUGUCGUAUGGUCGUAGUGUGGUCUACCACUGGUAGUCCGAGAUCAGAUGGGGGGUAUAUCAGUGACUCAGUGUAUCUCAGUAUAUGGGAGACGGGGGUAUAAGUAUGCUAGAAGCACUGCAUUUUCCACUCUGAACUUCGACUUCAGCUGCUUAUUAUCAUCCUAUUCUGCA